GCAAUUUAAUUUCACAACCAGUGCAACGAAUAUAAAGGCAUUUCAUUAGAUAAAAAAUAAUUAUAAUGACAGACAACAACGAUCGUCGAGAGUUUCCAAAGCCUAUCAAAUUGAUUCCUGGAUUGUUCCCUAAGCCGCUACCGAGUCAUGAUUCCGCGAAUACAGCAAAUACGCCACAAAAGCUAAUCCCAAUGUUGAUGCCAAUGUCUGGACAAAGCACAAACCCAGCAGCAAGAAACAUUAUUCAACACGAUGCAAAAGUUUUGUUGCCUCCAAAACCUUCGACUAGUGCGCCUACUACCACUACUACUACUACAUUACCCCAGACCAAUGACCAGAAAAAGCUAAAGCCUGCUAAUGUAUUCAUAUUCAAUCAUCAAGAAUUUGACGACCCGGAAAAAAAGUUCCUUGACAAUGGCAAGGAUGUCGAAGCAUUAAAAAAAGCAUUCAACAAAUUGCAGUGCUGUGUGCAAGAGAUAUCUAACGCCACAUUGGAAACGGUCAUAAAUAUUGUACAAGAGUUAAAACUGACAAACUUUGACGAACAUUCUGCCUUGGUUAUUGUUAUCCUUAGCCAUGGUUCACAUUACGACUACAUUGCAGCCAAAGAUGAGACGUAUUCGUUGCAGAAAAUUAUCCUCCUUCCUAUUUUAGAUAAUAACACACUGACGAAUAAACCAAAAAUGUUCUUCACACGGGCCGGAAAGGGUGUUUUGGAAGGAUAUCAAACGGAUGAUCAUGUGAAAAAACCCAGUCCAUCAGAAAUUUUUAAAUGCUGCAGCACUUUUGAGGGCUACACGGAACAAGAACCAGAGUCAGGUGGCUCAACUUUUAUACAAACUCUAUGUGAGGCCUUGGAGAGGGAUGGAAAGACAAAAGAUAUUCAAACCAUAAUGCGUGAAGUUCAAGCUAUGGUUUAUGAAAAGUUAAAGAAGCCAAUAUCGCUGCAAUAUACAAUGACAGUACCAUACACUUUCGGAGACUUUAUGGACAAUUAAUUAUGAGCAACCUUAAAUAUUUCAUAACAUGUUUAAUAAUUUUGAUUGUAAAUAUAAGUUUUUUAAAGGACAAAAUAGGUAAUGCUGCGAUAUUAUUCUUGAUAUUCUUCUGAUA